AUGGAUAAUUCUUCUUCGGAGAGAGCGACGAUUAACACCUCAAGAUCCGCGAUAUUAAACGAAUUAUCAUCAAGAGAGACGCGACAAAGUAAGGGCAAGCUACCACACAUGGAAGACAAGCUCGACUUAGUUGAACCAUCACUGCCGCCAAUGCAACAACAAUUAGGCUCACUCUUUCGUCCUCCACCAUUUCCAGCUCUCAGCUCUGCGCUUCAAAAUUUUCAGGCACAGGGAUAA